AUGCAGGCGCAGGCCGCCGUCUGCGGUCUGCAUAUUUCUUGUUUUGAUCUGCCGUACGGAGAAGUGCUCUGGUUGCAUCCUCCCAGAUCCGUUUGCAACGGCGUAUAUGAUGCCGAACAGAUGCUACACCUAUAUCUUUUUCGUCAGCGGGAAACAAAGGAGGUUGACAGCCCAGGGAAAUCUCAAAAGAACACUCUGGCCAAACAGACCCAGCAGAAGCACUCAGAGUUCUCCCUAUUGGUUCUUAUGGAUCUGACCCACAUGCAGAAAAGCAACUCAGGAGACAAAGAUUUACGGGAGGAAAGCGGAGAGACCAAGAUGUUGUUUACCCGUGAGACUGAUCAGGAUGAAGCGACGCCAGCAAUUUCCGAAAAACCUUUGGAGCCGUGCCCCGACAUCCCCCCGAACCUCCAGGGAGUUCUUUAUGUGGAGUUCAGAACCAACCGGACUCUGGAGAACGUCCGGCAGCAUGUUGGUCCGCUGCUUCAGCAGGGAGGACGGUAUAAACCAGCCAACUGUGUCGCAAAACAAAAGGUAGCUAUCAUCAUCCCAUUCAGAAAUCGUUAUGAACACCUGAGCCACUGGCUUCAUUACCUCCAUCCGAUCCUCAUACGACAGCAGCUGGACUACGGUGUGUACGUCAUCAACCAGGAGGGAGACGGAGUGUUUAACAAGGCUAAACUGAUGAAUAUUGGACACACUGAAGCCCUGAAGGACUAUGAUUAUGAGUGUUUUGUGUUUUCUGAUAUAGACCUGGUACCUCUCAAUGAUCGGAACCUCUACAGAUGUUCUGAUAAGCCAAGACACUUAUCUGUUGCUGUAGACAAGUUUAACUUCACAUUACCCUACAACAUCUUUGGUGGGCGGAUCUUUUUCCGAGGAAUGUCCAUAUCCCGACCAGACUCUGUCAUCGGAAGGUACAAGAUGAUCAAGCAUGGAAGAGAUUUGCACAACAAUCCUAAUCCAAAUAAUGUUCAGAAACUGAAAGAAACGCCUCACACUAUUGACAGAGAUGGACUUAAUUCUCUCAGUUAUACAGUCAGGAACAUUAGGAAGGAUUCAUUGUACACAUUUAUUACUGUAGAUGUUCAGGCUCCAGCAGGCUGAUCACCAACUGUGGGCCCUUGUCUUCAGUUGAACUUCAAUUUGUGGGACAAAAGUCAACACCCAGAUAAAGCCUUUUUUUAGAUUUGCCAACAUGCAUCCAAGAUUAGAAACAGUGUUUAUUUUAUGUUGAUUGAGACUCUUAUCCACUCACAAGGUGUGCUGUUUGUCCUAGCAGCUGGUAUCAACUUGGGGUUCUGGGGAGGGUCAUUGGGUCCUGCUGUCAUUAAUGUUCACUCUUUUCUUUUGGUUGGAUUAGCCAGAGUAUUUUGUUAUAUAUUGUUUAUUUGA